GUGAAGUGGCACGACGAGAGUCACAUGUGUGCAACAGGACGGCUUUUUCUGAUCUAGCGCAACCUCCUUUUUUUUUCUCUGUUUGAGUAAGAGCAACGUAGAAACAUCGUUGUAGACUGCGGCACGUAACAGAGUUGCCAGCAGCGCUGGUUUCAUUUCCACGAAGCCAGCCUCGGACCUGCUCCUACUCCCCACUACUCUCUCCUCCACAGCCCCACAACAGUAUUAUACACAUCUUCACUGUCUCACUUUCUUAAAAACCUCGUUUCUUUGAGUUGUGGGUUGGAACACUUCUUCUCAUCGACGUCUGCUGCCAGGGAGAAGUGGACCUGCACACCGCACAAACGAAAUUGUGCUUCGCCAGGAGCCGCCUCUAUUCUCUCUCUCUCUUUUAACCCAGCAGCGCUUUCAGUGCCUGACGAGAGGAAUUCUUGUGUGUGUGUGUGUGUUUGUGUGUGUGGCCGGUUUCGUCAUUACUCCCCCACUGUUGUAUUGAUUUGUUUGGAUGUGUGAGUGACUGUGCUCACUAUUAUAAUUGGCAUUUGUGUUCCGUCUAACACCACGUGUAACGUUUGUAGUUUCUGAUAGCAGGGCAUGACCUCGUCGCCGACCGCCAGCUCGAUUGAGGUGGCGAUCCGCGUUCGACCUCUCCGUGCGGAGCUGCACGAGUCGAGGCCGGCGUGGCAGAUCGACGCCACCUCCCUCACCGAGCUCGCCCAGCCCGACAACGCCUUCACAUUCGACCGCGUCUACGACACCGGCUCCUCCACCGCAGAGAUCUACAAGAAUAAUGUGCGAGACACCAUUGUCGCACGGGUGGCGCAGGGCUACAAUGGGACCAUCUUCGCCUACGGCCAGACCGGCAGCGGCAAGUCGUUCACCAUGUUUGGCGACACCAGCGCCCGCUCACCUGGUUUAAUUCGACUGGCUGUCCACGAUCUUUUCAAAGCUCUGGCGAUGGAGCAGCAGCGCAAGCCGUACAUGCACGCGGAGGUGUUUGUGUCGGUGCUAGAGAUCUAUAAUGAGCAGCUGCGCGACUUGCUGCAAGGCGACGGCGGCGGUGUGCGUGCGUCGGGUAGCCCCAACAUGGCGGCGGCCUCUCCGUUGGUCGCUUCACCGCCGCCACUGCCGCUGAGCAUCCGCGAGAACGAACACGGCGUCUACGUGCACAACGCCCGCCGCGUGCAGGUGGCCUCCGAGGAGGAGUGCGCCAAUGUCAUCUACACCCGUGCCGCGUCACGCGUGUCUGCCGCGACGAUGAUGAACGAACACUCGAGUCGCUCGCACUGUGUGAUUCGCCUUCUCGUGGAGCGCUCCUAUUACUUAGAGGACGCCGUGUCGGAUGCAGACAACGCAGAGGAGGAGGAGGAGGAGGAUGACGAAACGACGACGCAGACGGACGGCGACGAUGAAGACGGCGGCGGCAGCCGCGCGUCCCUCAGCCAAGCUGCGCAAGGAGAGGGCAAGCAUGGCCUCUCUGCCGAUGCAGCGAAGAAGAGGGAGUCGGCGAAGAACAAAAAGAAAUUCAUCUCCACACUGAACAUGGUUGACCUGGCAGGGUCGGAGCGUGUAGCCAAGACAGGUGCCACAGGACUGCGCAUGAUUGAGGGCGGCCACAUCAACAAAUCUCUGACGACGCUGACGACGGUAAUUAACCGGCUGGCGAGUGAGUCGACCGGUCAGCAGCAGCACACCGCAUCUGGAGCGAUGCCGCCGGGUCGUGCCGGUGCAAGCAGCAACAGCAACAACAACGGUGGGACGGCGUUUAUUCCGUAUCGCGACUCCCGCCUCACCCACCUGCUCAAGACAUCCCUCGGCGGCAACUCCUUCACCGCCGUGCUGUGCUGCAUUACCCCCGCUGUUGAAAGCGCAAAUGAGUCCCGCAGCACCUUGCAAUUCGCCUCGCGUGCGAAGCGAGUGAAAAAUAAGGCCCACGUGAACGAGGUGGCGAAUGCGCAGACGCGCGUGCGUGAGUUGGAAGCGGCGCUGCGCAAUACGAAGAAGCUGUUGGUGGCACAGACGCUCUACCUGUGGAGUAAGCAGCUGAGGAUACGGCGGUAUGAGGAGCAGCUCGCCAGCGCAGCCGUUGCGGACAGUGGCGGCGGCAUCGGCCUCUUCGCACAGCCCAGCGCCGCCCACCUAAUGAAUCAGCAGCAACAGCAGCAGAUGAUCAUCGCGCAGCUCAACGCCCAGAACGACGCCCUUCGCGAGGAGGCGGGCACGCUGCGGGUGCAGUUGGAGAAGGCGAUGGCCGAUGGUGGACAGAAAGGAAGUAUGCCUUCCUCGGCGAGCGAGUCGGCAGCGGCGGUGGCGGAAUUGGCCAGCCUGCGCCGCUCGCUGCAGUACACGCAAGACAUGUUGAAGGAGCGCGAGACGGCCGUGCAGGCCGCCCAGGCCUCCCUUGACGAGCUAGACGGGCUGUGCCGCGAACUGGAGGGUGAGAACAAGUCCCAGGCUGAGCAGAUCAAGGCGCUGACACGUCGCACGAACGAAGCCGAUGAGUUGAUCACCGCGGUGGAGGAGGAGCACAACUCGCUGCAGCACGAAAUCGGCCUCCUGCGCGCGCAGCUGCAGCAGAGUCAGGCGAGGCUGCUAGAAAAGCACCGUGGCGACGACUACCUGGCCGAGCUGACGAAGCUGCACGUAGAGCACCAGAACCUGCUGUACUCGUACAGCCAGCUGAAGGAGAAGGCGGACCGCGACAAGGCGGAACUGAUGCAGCGCCUGCACCGUCUUACCGAGAAGAACAACAGCCUCGAGGACGACGUCGACGAGGCGAAGGACGAGACGCAGCUGCGCAACUCCUUUCUGUGGCGUCUGCUGAGCGCCGCCGCGCAGGUGACGCAGGGGAAGCCGUUGACCAUCAAGGACCCCUCUGCCGCGGUGCGGGACGCUCAGGUCGCUGAGGCGGUCCGCGCUCUAACGAGUUUCGCAGUUCUCUCCGCUCGCACCAAUCCCCACAACACGGCGUCAGCGUCUUCAGGCGGCAGCGGCGGCGACGUAUCGAAUGAGAACGUGUGGCAGCUACAGGGCCGCAUCCGGGGGCUGGAGGAGCAGCUGAUCGCCAAGGACGCACAGCGGGACGUCAUCAUUGACGCAAAGCUGAAGCGCAUUCAGGGACUCGUGCUGCGAUUACACGCUGUCAAUGUGGCUCUUGUCGAGGAGAUGCGGCAUUGCUUUCACGACAACGAACAGCUCUUCGAUAUCGCGAUGCGGUCAUCCAAGACGCAAAAGAAGGUCGAGAAGGCCGGGCUUACGCAACGCUCCUUCGAGUCGGCGCUGGACCGCGCGCGCUUUACGCAGCCGCCGCACAAGCCGCUCUAUCACAACUAG